GUGCCGACUAAUUCUGUCAGGUUGCUGGCUACAGUCUUCUUGUUUAUGUCUGCCUGCUGCCGGGAACUGUGAAAGGUUUUUCCGUCUUUGGGUUGCAUUCCGACUGGAGGCCGACGACGAAAAUUGCAGAUUUAUUUUGGAGAAAUAAUGAGUGGAAGGGGUGGUCGUGGAGGAUUUGGGAGAGGCUUCAUCCGGUUUCAGUCUGCAUCAGGAUCUUCUGGGGGUGCAGCAAUCCCACCCCCACCAUCUCUACAAGUCUCUCGAAAUCCUAUUAAUACGACAAAUAACAAGGGAUUUGCGUCAUUAUCUACAAUUCACAAGACAGUUGUAGACCCGAUCUCAUCUUUAAAAUUACGGCACAAAACGGAGGAUGCGUACUUUGAUGAUGACGAGGAGCAGGAUACACCUCUGUACCAACCGGGGCCAAACUCUCCAGGUGCAAAAGGGGGCGAAGAGUCGGACGAAGACGAUCCGCUCGAGGCUUUCAUGUCUGGCAUUGAGAAAGAAGUGAAAAGACAAGAGGAGGCUCCAAAGCUUCCAAAACCCACCCUGGUCAAAGGAGUUCGAGAUGAUAUUGAAGACUUGGAUGAUGAAGAGAGCUAUUACAAAUUUAUGGCUGAAAACCCUAACUUUGGGAAGGAUGAAGACUCUGAUAACGACAUGGAAUAUGAUGAAGACGGCAAUCCUCUUGCGCCAAAGAGAUCAAAGUAUAUCGACCCACUGCCGCCGAUUGACCACUUUAGUAUUGAGUAUCAACCCUUUGAAAAAAAUUUUUAUGAGGAACAUGUUGACAUUACGAAAUUGUCUGAUGAGGAUGUCCAGAAUUUGAGGACAACGUUAGGAAUUAAGGUUAGCGGCGCCACCGUACCCAAACCUGUUAGUUCAUUCGGCCACCUUGGCCUUCCAGAAUCGUUGAUGAGAGCGAUUCGAAAGGCAGAAUUUACUCAGCCUACCCCUAUCCAAGCACAAGGCUUGCCCAUAGCAAUGUCAGGUAGGGACAUUAUAGGAAUCGCCAAAACCGGCUCAGGAAAAACGGCAGCCUUCUUGUGGCCUAUGUUAAUUCACAUCGCGGAUCAAAGACUGCUUAAACCUACCGAUGGUCCUAUUGGCCUAAUAUUAUGCCCGACCCGUGAACUGGCGUUACAAAUUUAUAAUGAAGCGAAAAAAUUUGGCAAAGUUUUCAAUUUUAAUGUUUGCUGCUGUUAUGGUGGUGGCUCUAAAUGGGAACAGUCUAAAGCCUUGGAAGCAGGAGCAGAGAUUGUUGUUGCAACUCCUGGAAGGAUCAUUGAUUUGAUCAAGAUGAAAGCAACAAAUUUGUCAAGAGUUACCUAUUUGGUUCUUGAUGAGUGCGAUAGAAUGUUCGACAUGGGAUUUUCCCCGCAAGUAAAAUCCAUUUGCGCACAUGUUAGGCCGGAUACACAAACUUUAUUGUUCAGUGCCACUAUGCGAAAGAAUGUUGAAAAACUUGCUAGAUAUGCUCUAAAUGACCCAAUUCGCGUCGUGCAGGGUGAAAUUGGUGAGGCCAGCGAAGAUGUUGAGCAGAAAGUGUUAAUUAUGGCAAUGGGUGGGUCGAAAUGGAUUUGGAUGAUUCAACGCUUGGUCGAAUUUACAGCAGAAGGUUCUGUGCUGAUAUUUGUAACAAAAAAAACAAAUGCAGAAGAACUCCACAAUAACUUAAAGCUGAAAGAAAUUGAUGCCUUGCUCCUGCAUGGAGACAUGGAUCAAAUUGACCGUAAUCAAGUUAUUGGGGCCUUCAGGAAAAAGGAAGUAAAUAUAUUAGUUGCAACCGACGUUGCAGCUCGUGGGCUCGAUAUUCCUCAUAUAAAGACGGUGAUAAACUAUGAUGUAGCUCGAGAUAUUGAUACUCAUACGCAUCGAAUUGGUCGAACCGGUCGUGCUGGAGAGAAGGGAACGGCAUACACAUUAGUGACUGAUAAAGAUUUUGAAUUUGCUGGGCAUUUGGUCAGGAAUUUGGAAGGAGCAGGACAAAAUGUACCACAAGAAUUGUUGGAUCUUGCAAUGAAGAGUUCGUGGUUUAGAAAAUCUCGAUUCAAACACGGCAAGGGUAAAAAUGCGGCUCUAGUAGGUGCUUGCAGAGGUCUGGGAUUUAGCGAAGACGGAUCCUUGACAACAUCAUCGUCGACGAUGCCUAAUCCCUCCACUAAAUAUGCAAUGCCAACUUUUAAACCUGGGCUCAUGUCAGGAGCUGUACUUAAUAAUGCUAGUACAUCUCUGGGAGCUGGACCUGCGUCUAAUCGAUUGGACGCAAUGAAAGCUGCCUUCAAACAGCAAUACAUGUCAAACUUCCGAGCGUCAGAGGAAACGUGCGAGCGCCCCAUUCUUCCAGCGGUGGUGGAACCUCUUAGACCUCAGCCGCAGCCUGAAGAACCAGAAGGCAAGCGUCGUAAAUCUCGCUGGAACUAAAGUUUUUGUGUAUUGAACGUGUCUUUGUUGUAUUUGCAUAAUUUUUUUUACCGUCAACGACGUGAAGUUAGAUAUACAUAUAAGAUGGAUGGACGUAGAAAUAAAGUAAGAAUAGGAAAUAGAGUAAAACUAAAUACAUUUAUUUUUAUUCAGUUAUAUAGAAUUAACAAAUAAAGGAAAUGUGUAGCUCUCA